AUUGCAAAAUGAAGACCGCUUUGAUUCUGCUCAGCAUUUUGGGAAUGGCUUGUGCUUUCUCGAUGAAAAAUUUCCACCGCAGGGUCAAAGCUGAGGACUCUGAGGAAAAUGGGGUCUUUAAAUACCGGCCACGCUAUUUUCUCUACAAGCAUGCCUACUUCUAUCCUCCUCUAAAGCGGUUUCCAGUCCAGGGAGGCAGUGACUCUUCUGAAGAAAAUGGAGAUGGUGAUACUUCAGAGGAAGAGGGGGAAGAGGAGACUUCAAAUGAAGAGGAAAACAAUGAAGAUUCCGAGGGAAAUGAAGAUGAGGAGGCAGAGGCUGAGAACAGCACACUCUCUAGUGUAACAGCUAGCUAUGGAGUCGAGACCACAGCUGGAACAGAGACUAUAGGGUUAGCUGCACUCCAACUGCCCAAGAAGGCUGGAGAUGCAGAAAGCAAGGCUGCAAAAAAGAAGGAAAGCGAUGAAGAGGAAGAGGAAGAGGAAGAAAAUGAAAACGAGGAAGCAGAAGUAGAAGAAAAUGAACAGGUCACCAAUGGCACCAGCACGAACUCCACGGAGGUGGAUGGUGGGAACGGCAGCAGCGGAGGAGACAACGGAGAAGAAGGCGAGGGACAGAGCGUCACCGAAGCAGGUGCAGAAGGGACCACAGUGGGCAGGGAGCAGAUCAGUGACAGCCCCACCACAGCUGUCCUUCGGAACGGGUUUCAGUAUACCACCCCACCACCGGAAGCCUAUGGAACCACCUCCCCACCACUCAGAAAAACCACCACCGUUGAGUACUGGGGAGAAUAUGAACAGACAGGCAACAAUGAGUACAAUGGUGAGUAUCAAGUCUACGACAAUGAGAAUGGGGAGCCUCGUGGGGACAAUUACCGGGCCUAUGAGGAUGAAUACAGCUACUACAAGGGGCGUGGCUAUGAAGGCUAUGAUGGUCAAGAUUAUUACUACCACCAGUGAAGCCCUGCCUCCUGGGGAGGGGCAGGGGUAAUUACCCAUUCUGUCAUUGCAUCUGGCUACCACAUAUUUUCAAAGUUCAACUCAGGAAGGUGCAAUAUAACAAAUGUGCAUUUUACAAUGUGGAAUGGUGCUACAGUCCCAGAGUAAUUUCUGCAAAUGCUUCUGUUUACUGUAAUGGCUUCUUUUUCAUUUUCCCAUAUGUAUCACUUGAAAGAUCAUUGUAAGUCAGGGACAUUGAUCAAGCAGUGCACCCACGAGCUGGGGCUGGAUGGAAUACUUUGAGGUGGUAACUCUACAGUGUUUACUCUGUGUGUACUAUUGCUAACUGCCCAAACACACUUUUUGUACAAGACAGCUCAUGAGAGAUUUAGAAACAACACUGCAUA